AUGUUUCUAAAUGCACUGACGCCGAAAUUCUAUGUGGCACUUACCGGAACAAGCUCUUUUCUAUCAGGGUUGAUCUUGAUCUUUGAAUGGUGGUAUUUCAAAAAAUAUGGCACAUCAUUUAUUGAACAAAUUUCCCUUACGCAUAUAUACCCGUUGCUUGGGGGUGCUGAUGAAGAAAAUGAUUGCGAAAGUGUUGAUUCAGCAGCUCCGUAUUCGAACCCUCAAGGUUUGUCCCCCUUUUUCACGAUUCAUGGUUCCCUUCUAGACUGCAAAGUUUCACGUAACCCCUACAGCCUUUUUCGGAGUGCCGAAUACCAAAAAGUUAUGAAGGAAUUUGGGAAGGAUCCUUUAACCUACUAUGAUAUGAAUUUAUCUGCCCAAGACCAUCAGACGUUCUUUACCUGUGAAGCAGAUGCUGGGAAGCCCGAAUACGAACUUAUGCAAACAGCAUGGAGGGAAAGAAAUUCGGAAGAACGCAUCAGAAAGGCUAAGGAAGCACUUGCCAAAAAUCCAGAAUGUUCAACUGCCAUGAUUCUUUUAGCAGAGGAGGAUUGCAGCACAAUCGUUGAGACAGAGAAGAUGUUUAAACAGGCGUACAAAAUAUCUGAAGCAUCUUUGAGGAAGUCACAACAGGCGCACACACACUGCCCAGCCCAGGAAGCGGUGUACCUUCGGGAUAUCCACGCUUUUAUUUACAUCCGCCGCCGAUUAGCCAUGUGCGCUCGGAAGCUGGGGAAACUAAAAGAAGCCAUAAAGAUAAUGCGUGAGGUAAGCAUGCUUGCAUAUUGUUCAUCCUCUUCGUUUGAAAAACAUCGAAUGUUUACUUGA